UUGAGAUUCGCAGUCCACGCUUAGACGCUGCGCCAAACGAACCAUGGUUUCGGCAAGUACGUCUGGUGGAGCUGCUGCUCAGGCCUUGCGUGCCUUACGCCGUGCUGCACAGCUACACACUGAGCGUCGAGCUUCGGCCACCAAGCCUGCCAAAUUGGAUGCUGCGAGGACACGGGGCCGAGGCCGAGCUAUGCUGGGCUCAUCUCAGCCGGAUCCAGUGCCAUGCUCGCAGCCAUCUGCAACUCAACCGUUAUCGCAAUUGCCUUCUUCGCAAUUGCCGUCUUCGCAAUUGCCGUCUUCGCAAUUGCCGUCAUCACAAUUGCACUCAUCGCAAUUGCCGUUGUCCCAGGCUGAUACAUUGGCAGGAGACAAGUGCGGUUCUCAACGUGAUCCGCGUGAUGUGUUGGCAUCCAUGUCAACGCAAACACCACUGUCGAAUGUGCCACCAUCCAGCCUUGACACCUUGCCAGCAUCACAGGCGGCCAUGCCAGAAGCGGUGCCUGCAAAGCAGGCACCACUCCGGGCGGCACAAGCACCUGCGGCCUUCCAGGCACCACAGAGUGGUGUGGCAGAAGCAGCUGCUGCACUAGCUGCGGCUCUUGCCACUUUUGCCGGAUCUGGGGCGAGCCAAGAAGUGGUCCGCCGGCGAUAUCGAUGCAAGGCGCCGCCUCCGGGUCCUUCCACCCCUCCAUCAAGCAUCAGGCGACGUAGCCCAAGCUCGACACAAAGGAAGCGAAAGCCUGUGCGCAAGGUCAAGAGUCGGGCUGAGGUGAUAAAGGAAGUGUGUUCGAAGACGAUUUGGGCAUCUGUAAGCAGGCUUUCUGAGGAGGUUCGCAAAAUGGAGAAGGAGAGGGCGGCACACCGUACAAGGUGCCAGAAGGCCGUCACCGAGGCCUUGCGACUGUUGAAUGAUCAUCAGAAAGCUUGCAAAGAAAGCAGUGAGGCUUUUGCCGGUACUGCAAAAGCCGCAGAUGCUGCCUUGGCGGCGGUUGCAGCUUUGGAGAGAUCUCAGGGAGCUGAGCAUAGCAGGCUCCCGGUGCCAACGAAUUCCUUGCGAGCUUCGAUGGCAGGUCACUCAGUUCUCCCCCCACCUGGCCAGCUUAAGAAACGGGUGCGACGGAUUGAUGGUAUCACUGCUUCCAACUGCAUUUGAGUGAAUCUGAGUGGCGUGAUUCACUGCUGAAAGAUGCUGAAAGCUUCUCACAGUGUGAAAUUGACGAGAUUCCAGAUGUGAGACCUGUGAGAAUGUUCUGCCCAAUGAAUUCAGCCAAACCGCUGGUGGGGUUUGUGAGCUGCUUCGGGAGCGCGGCCAACUCUUGAGGGAUAAA